GCAUUAAACAACAGAGUGCUACGCAAACUCUGAUUGCUGUGGCGAAUUUUCGAGCGCGACUCAAAAGAUUUUAGCAUAGACAUACAGCCAGCAUCUUCUCAAGUUCUCAGUUGUCUUUGCGACGUGAAACGAUACUUGUCUCAGUAAUAAGACAGUCUCAGUUGUAAGGCAGUGGAAAGUUCAAUUCGCGAGCAACUCGCUGAUCUUUGUGAGCCAGGUUGUGAUUACAAAAAAAAACCAAAAAAACAAAAGAGGAAAAAAUACAAAAACAAAAAAAAAACAACGAAAAAAAACCAUAAUCACAAAAUUUCUCUAUCAUCAAUACGGAUUUGGUUAUUAAUUAUUUCUUAAUUAAUGCAAACGUGUUGUGGUCAUUAACUGCUGCUCCAAUGAGUUUAACUGAAUUCGUAAAAUCUGAACACAAAGACAUUUAUUGAGUUAUAAAAUACGAAGUUAAUUAUUUAAAAAAAUUGCAUUUACAUAUCGCACUUUUUGUGUGUAAGAUUUGAUUUAAUUUGACUUAAUAAAAAUAAAUAUAAAAACUAAAAAAGCAAUAACAAAAAUUUAGCUAAAUCAACGAAACUGGAAUCAGAAUCACAAAAGAGAAAACUACAGUAGCAGCAAUACAUGAAGAGAAGCACCUUUAGAAUAGCGCUAAUAACACUAAAACAACAACAACAAUACUUAUUUUGGUAUUAGCAGACACUGGGAUCAGCUUCAGUCCAAUAUGAUAAAACCGGUGUUAAUUAGCGCCUUUUGCGUUGCUGCUUUUUUGUGCGGUUUAUCAUCGGCACAAGUCAACCAUCCUCGUGCUUUGACGGCAACACCUAACUUUGGACGCUGCAAAACGCCGCAUGGCAUGCCAGGUUCCUGUAUAAUUUUGCAAAAUUGUAAAAAGCUUUACAAAUUGCUAUUAAUCAAACCAAUAAGUGAUGUGAACAAACUCUAUUUGAGUCAGAGCCAAUGCGGUUAUUGGAAUGGGAAGAUUCUGAUAUGCUGCCCAAUUCAUAAUACUACACCUUCCAUACAGCCUAAAAUUGAUCUAAAACCCAUACAAUCAAGUAAAGCUAUUAAAAAAGCAAUAUUAUUGAAACACUCUCCCACUGAGUCUAUAAAUAUGCGGAAAGUGCCACUUCCCGGCCAAUGUGGGCAAAUGACAACCAGUCGUAUUUAUGGUGGUAACGCCACAAAGAUCGAUGAAUAUCCCUGGAUGGCCUUAAUAGGUUACAAAAAACAACUCGGUCAAUCGGGAUAUCACUGCGGUGGUUCGCUGAUCAAUGCCCGUUACGUUGUAACUGCUUCGCAUUGCGUCAACGGUAGAGCUUUGCCUAGUGACUGGAAGAUCUCCACUGUACGUUUGGGAGAAUGGGAUACAACAACAAAUCCCGACUGUGAAAUUGAUUCGACCGGUGCGAAAGAUUGCGCACCACCUCAUAUUGACGUGCCCGUUGAACUUGCCAUACCACAUCCCAAAUAUGAUCCGCUAUCAAUAAAUCAAAUUAACGACAUAGCGUUGCUGCGUUUGAAAGAGACAGUAAUUUUCACAGACUUUGUACGACCGAUUUGCUUACCAUUGAAUAGCAAUUUACAUGGCGCUAGCUUCGACGAUACCAUCUUGGACGUCGCUGGCUGGGGCAAAACAGAGUCACAAACCAACAGUAAUAUUAAAUUGAAAGCUGAACUCGAUGUUGUGCCGUUAAAGGAUUGCCGAAAUGUCUAUCGACCGCAAGGUAUUUUGCUGAAAGACACACAAAUGUGCGCUGGUGGCAAACGAGGAGUAGAUUCGUGCCGCGGUGAUUCGGGUGGACCACUCAUUGGAUUGGGCACGACAAGCAAGGGACACACUUAUUUCUUUUUGAUUGGAAUCGUUUCCUUUGGACCAGCUACAUGCGGCAUGGAAGGUUGGCCAGGUGUUUACACCAGAGUAAGCAACUUUGUGGACUGGAUACAGGCGACAAUUCGAACUUAAGUGUGUGUGACUAGUAAAUAAGUAACUUAGUAAAUUUAUAUAAUAUUCGCAACUUAUGUGUGUGUGCGCGUGCUAAGUUUAUAAAUAUGUAUGUAGGUAUGUGGAUGUGAUAUAGACACCCUGUAGGAAUGUACUAGUUGAAGGCUAUCUCAGAACUAAUAAUUGACCAAGGUGAAUUGAUUACUGAAGGUGGCGCCUUCCCAAAACAGUUACUUAAUUUUUCGCGAUUGUGAUAAGUCUGUGUUCAGGUCCCUUUCGAAUACAAGCAACCAAAAGAAGUAUAAAUUAAAUGUUUGUGAAAAUUUAGUGAAUAGCUGGUAAAAUUGUGACUCGUGAGAUUAGAAUUAAACGAGGUGCCGCCUGUUAAAUAAAUUUUGAAAGCACAAAUUAAUGUAAUGCUUCCAAAUGCAGUUUUUUGCGUGGCACGUACUGAAGACGCCGUGGCAAGAAAGUAAGCGUAUGUGUGCGUUUAGUUUCUUCCUCUUCACAUACAAGUAAUUCCACUUCCUUUUGUUUGUUUAUUCGUGAAGCCUGACGACACAGCGAAUUCGAAAGACGCUACCUUGUAUUCUAUUAUCCUUGGUAACGGACGCAGACCUAACUACUCAGGCCAAAUACCUUUUUCCAUAAAAGCAACUGGAAUUUUUAGCAUGAGGAUGUCCUAUGGGAUGUCAGUUGUCAGUUGUCAGAUUUCGAUCAAAAAUAUACCAGUCUCAUACUAGUACAAAAUUGAAAAAAAAAUCGUAUUUCAAUUAUAGAACAAAAUUACUAGUUUGAGAUUAAAAAGGGGAAUAAAAUAACAAUAAAAUAAAUCCUUGAAUACACAAUUUAAAUCUUUCUAAUAAGGAUAAUUUGAAAAAGUAUACAUUUUUAUUUAGCAGACUUAGAUUUGCUAAUAAUAUUAGCCUCAUAUUUUCUUAGUUUUGAUAGAAAAGAAAAAUAAAUACAUAAAUAUUAGUUUAGGGAAAAAGAAAUCUAUUAUUUUUGCGCAAAUAGUUUAAAACUGUUUUAUGGUCGAUAUUUAGCUCCUAGGCGAUAUCACGACUAUUAAUACGCUGGUCAACUUCGAUUAUUUCUGUGAUUUUAUCGAGAUUUUUGAGAUUUUCGACAUUCUCUUUAACAUCAAAAUUGCCUGAACGGAAUCGACGAAAACAAAAUUGUACGAAAUUAGCUGUGGCAUGCAUUUUCGCUUUUAUUAAAGAAAAACUGUAAAAUGUCUCUUUGUUGACUUCCAGUGUUAACACCCUGUAACUCACAACUGAAUGGAACAAACAAAACACAGUAAACGAAUUUUUUUAGUGUGAAAUGUCACCUGGGCAACGAGCAUAAACUUUAAAUUGUUUGAUCCAAGGCGCAUUCAUUGAAGGUGUUGGCACUAGACCAACAACACUGUUCCGUACGUUUGAUUGUAAAAACAAAGUAUUGAGACAUUAGAAAACAAAUAAUGAAUUCGGCUCAACAACUCAGCUGAUUUACCAACACCACCUUUAAUAGAUUCGCCUUGGUUUGAUCGAUUUAGAAAAUUAUUUUUCCUCAAACUAAUAUUUCGCUCCAAAGAUUAAUUGAAAGCAUUUUUUAAGUAAAAUAAAUAAAAUUUUAUUUAUCUUUCCCAAAAAUAUUAAAUUUGAAUUUGUUGGCGAAGCGAAUAUGUACCCGCUUUAAUGGUUCACAGCACAUUAAAAUGUUGAAUUUAAGUAAAACAGACAUGAAUAAAUCACUUUGCAAUCGGUACAAGUCUGGUCUUUUUCGGACUAGUUCGAAUUCAUUCAAGAAAUUCUACUUGUAAACCAGUAUUUAAAAAAAAAUUUAAUUAAAAGUUUUAAUUCAAAUAAAAUAGGCAUGACCAAUCCUUUUUUAAUCGAUACAAGUCUGGUCUUUUUCGGACUAGUUCGAUUUCAUUCAAUAAUUUCCACUUGUAAACCAAUAUUUAAAAAAAUAAAUUUAAUUAAAAGUUUUAAUUCAAAUAAAAUAGGCAUGACCAAUCCUUUUUUAAUCGAUACAAGUCUGGUCUUUUUCGGACUAGUUCAAUUUCAUUCGGGAAAUUCCACUUGUAAACUAAUAUUUUUUCUGGCCACUUUGGUGUUUCACUACAGGGUACCAAUCCAACGACUUUUAGUUCGUUUAACGAUUUUUGCGAAAAUUCCAGCACAGGUAGCGGGAUUUAUUUUCUCUUUAAUUAUUUAGGACAAACGCUACCCAUCUUUCGUGCUACUCGUCCCUUUGUAAUAAAGAAUUUAGCAGAACUAUAAAAUAAUGCUUUGUGCGUGAAAUAGAGGUAUUUGCUAAUCCAUUACUUUUUUUAAAUUUGUUAAUGAUGACGCCAGAUAGUUUGAGCACAUUAAUCAUGCUUCCUGUAGCGUGAAGGUGAGCCUUUCUGACUACUUAGAUUUUUAUAUUUAUUGCUUUUCAAAGACUGCAUUGUUAAGUUUGUAUGUAUGUAUGUAGGCAUUUCUAAGUUUAGGUAGCUACUAAAUGUACAUAUAUUAUUUUCUCAGUAAUUAAGUUCGUAAGAUAUACAUGUAUCAUACAUAAGUAUGUGUGUAUGUGUAUACGCAAAUGUGCCUGUAAUACCAAAGGGGGCGUCCAUAAAUUACGUGAGGUGUUUUUUUUAAUUUUCUGUACCCCCCUCCCCCCCUAGUGAGAUGUCGUGAGAUUUUAUUCAACCCCCUCCCCCAUCCCCCAAUCUCACGUGAGAUUUUUCAAAAUUUGGGUUUCUUAUGUAAACGCGUUGGAUUGUUAUUGUAAAAAGAAAAAAAAUUGCUUCGUGCUUUUAUUUACGACUAGUUAAGACUAGUAAUCAAUAUUGCUGAGAGUUGUAAGUGUAAUAAAAAGUUAACAAUAGAAGACUUAAAUCGAAACUACUGCGAUUAAAAAAAGAAUAUCUACUCUAAUUCAGUCCAUGGAGAAUCAUGCGCGGUUUCAAGAGAGACUAUUGGGACCAACAUGUCCAUAUGAUUUUAAGUAAAAUCAUCUGCUCCUUCAACUUCGUU